GGCCCCCCCGCCGCCCGCCCGCCUCUGCCUGCUGGCCCUGGCCCUGCCGUUGGCGCUGAGCGGGCGCGGAACCGCGGCCGAACCCUCCCGAACCCUCUACACCAACCACUGGGCCGUGAGGGUGCGGGGGGGGCCCGCCGAGGCCGCCCGCAUCGCGGCUGCCUACGGGUACAUCAGCCUGGGGCAGAUUGGGAGCUUAGAAAACUACUACCACUUCCACCACAGCAAGACCUUCAAGCGCUCGACGCUGAGCAGCCGGGGACCGCACAACUUCCUCCGCAUGGACCCCAAGGUGGACUGGCUGCAGCAGCAGGAGGUGAAGAGGAGGGUGAAGAGGCAGGUCCGAGGAGAGCCACACCCCUUGUCCUUCAACGACCCAGUGUGGCCCAACAUGUGGUACAUGCACUGCGGCGAUAGGAACAGUCGCUGCAGGUCGGAGAUGAAUGUCCUGGCAGCUUGGCAGAGGGGCUACAGUGGCAGAAACGUGGUGGUCACCAUCCUGGAUGACGGCAUAGAGAGGAACCACCCUGACCUCCUGCAAAACUAUGACCCUCUGGCAAGCUACGAUGUCAACGGGAACGACCAUGAUCCAACUCCGCGCUAUGAUGCCAGCAAUGAGAAUAAGCACGGCACUCGCUGCGCAGGGGAGGUGGCAGCAGCUGCCAACAACUCGUACUGCAUCGUGGGCAUCGCCUACAACGCCCACAUUGGAGGCAUUCGUAUGUUAGAUGGCGAUGUAACAGAUGUUGUUGAAGCGAAGUCGCUUGGCAUCAGACCCGAUUACAUUGACAUUUACAGCGCGAGCUGGGGGCCAGAUGAUGAUGGGAAGACAGUUGAUGGACCUGGUCUAUUGGCCAAGCAGGCUUUUGAGCAUGGCAUUAAAAAGGGCCGCAAGGGUUUGGGCUCCAUUUUUGUCUGGGCAUCAGGGAAUGGUGGCAGAGAGGGUGACUACUGCUCCUGUGAUGGUUACACCAACAGCAUCUACACCAUCUCCAUCAGCAGCACCACCGAGAACGGCUACAAGCCCUGGUACCUGGAGGAGUGUGCUUCCACCCUCGCCACCACCUACAGCAGUGGGGCUUUCUACGAGAGGAAAAUAGUCACCACAGACCUCCGGCACCGCUGCACUGAUGGCCACACAGGCACCUCUGUGUCUGCCCCCAUGGUCGCGGGCAUCAUCGCCUUGGCUUUGGAGGCAAACCCUAGGCUCUCCUGGAGGGAUGUUCAGCAUCUGCUGGUCAGAACCUCCCGGCCAGUGCACCUGCGAGCGGCCGACUGGAAAACCAACGGCGCGGGGCUUAAAGUUAGCCAUCUAUAUGGCUUCGGUCUGGUGGAUGCAGAUGCUAUUGUGGUGGAAGCCAAGAAGUGGAAGGCAGUCCCCCCCCAGCACUCCUGCGUGGGAAGCUUGGACAGGGUGCCCAAGUACAUCCGUGUGGACCACGUGCUGCGCACCAGCACCCUCAGCAACGCCUGCGCUGAGCACCGGGACCAACACGUCCUUUACCUGGAGCACGUCGUGGUGAGGCUCAGUAUCUCCCACCCCCGACGGGGAGACCUCCAGAUCAGCCUCAUCUCUCCAGCAGGGACCAGGUCACAGCUCCUGGGCAGGAGAGUGUUUGACCACUCCAACGAGGGGUUCAAGGGCUGGGAGUUCAUGACCGUCCACUGCUGGGGUGAGCGGGCGGCAGGGGAAUGGACCCUGGAGAUCUUGGAUACCCCAUCCCAAGUGCGCAACCCCACAGUCCAAGGAAAGCUGAAGGAGUGGAGCCUCCUCUUCUACGGGACAGCUGAGCACCCCUACACCACACCAGGAAGCCCCCAGCCCCGCGGGAGGAUGCUGGAGGUGCCAGCAUCAGAGAUGGAGCCAUCAAGAGCUGCUUUUCUGCAGAGCCAGGUGGAGGUGGUGGAGGAGGAGGAGGAAUACUCAGGUCCGUGUCACCCCGAGUGUGGUGACCAGGGCUGUGACGGCCCCAAUGCUGACCAGUGCUUGAACUGCAUCCACUACAGCCUGGGCAGCAUGAAAACUGGCAGGAUGUGUGUGAGCUCCUGUCCCGCCGGGUUUUUCGCUGACAAAGGUGCCCGGAGGUGCCGCCGCUGCUACAAGGGCUGCGAGCGCUGCCUGGGGAGGGGACCCACCCAGUGCACCGCCUGCAAGAGGAACCUCUACCACCACCAGGAGAUGGGCACCUGCCUGGUGCUGUGCCCAGCCGGGUUUUACGCCGAGGAACGUCAGAAACAUUGCCUGAAAUGUCAUCAAAGCUGUAAAAAAUGUGUCGGUGAAGCAGACAAAUGUACUGCAUGCAAAGAUGGAUUCAGCCUGGCAGGAGAGAGCUGCGUGCCAGAGUGCCAGCCCACCAUGUACCUCAGCCGAGAGCCCCGGCGGUGUGAGACCUGCCCUGCCAGCAUGGGGCCAGGUGAGGAGGAAUGCACCUCCUGUCCCCCCGAGGGCCCUGCACCCCACUGGCACUGUGUCCCUGCCUGCCACCCGGGCUUCUACCCCGCCGACAGCCACGGGCUGCCCAACAAAGUCUGCAAGAGGUGCGAUGACCACUGCUCCGCCUGCGAGGGCUCCAGUGGGAACUGCCUCAAGUGUAGAGAAGGUUUCAGCCUCCUGGGUGGCUCCUGUGUGACAAAUGAAACCUGCACCAAUGCUGACAAGACUUUCUGUGAGAUGGUGAAAUCAAACAAGCUCUGUGAAAAGAAGCUGUUUGUGCAGUUCUGCUGUCAGACGUGUCUUAUGGCCGGGUAAAGUUCAACGGCUGCAUCCAUCCCGGACUUCCACCAACUGCCAGCCCAGUUUUUGCCAAACGUUUAGGACAACAGUUUUAUUUUUUCAGCUUUUGGGAGAGAGUUUCCCUGGUGCUGUCAAGCAUUCGCUCGUAAGUUUGAUAGCUUUAAUAUCACUGUCAGAGCUGUUUCUAUAGCAAUAUGUUAAGCAGAGGUUGGAGCACACCCUGAGUGAUCAAGCCCUGAAAGGCAGCAGACAAGUGGUGAUAUUAAUACUCUCAAACACUCCUCGGGAGCAGGGACCGAUGCCUGAUCCAUGCAUCCAAGCUUGGGUCUUCGCAGAAACCCUCCUGAUGCCCACUCCCAGCAGCUGGUGGGAGCCUUGGCUGCAAGGGAUGCAAGGACUUCACUCAUCUGCGAAGAAGGAGCCUCUUCUGGCUCAGUUUUUGGUACCUUUUCCUGCUAGGUGACAGCUGACAGAACCCUGCAUUGCAGCCAGCUGACCAUUGUACAUAAAUCAAACGAUGAAUUAGGUGCUCCCCAGGGUUGGUGCCCUCCAGCCCCCUCUGGGACUCCUGUUCAGAUUCAGGCCUAGCUCUUUCUCUCUGGCCCUGGCAAUAAACUGGAGAUUUAAGGACCAAAGCUGCUCCCCAGGGCUGUGCAGGGGGGUCAGCCCAGGGGGGCUUUGCCCUGCAGGUGAUUGCAGGCUGGCAAAACCCAUGUGCCUGCUAGGGGGGAGGGGGUUGUAGGGUCUCGGGUGGGGUUUGUCCACAUGGAGCAGCCCCUGGGGGUCACAGCCUUACCAUGAAAUGUAUUUCCCUCCUGGAACUGGUAGGCAGUUGCUGAUUAAUUCAGUUCUGGAACGCACUAGAUCCUUCCUCUACACGAGAUGAUGUCCCAAUUAAUCUCUUCUGGCAUUUUGCUUUAUGAUCUUCCUGGUUUCGCUGGGUACACCCUUCUGUCUCACCAAAUCCUCCUGUUCAUGACUGAUUUUUCUUGGGCAUCUGUUUCCAAAAGAGGCAUUCCAGGGAUCCAGCCAGGAAACUCUUCACUCUACAAAACCCUCCCCUGAAACAAACCUUUUUCACGCUCUCUCUUAAUAGUAAGUCAUGUGGUGUUUAUAUAAUUGUGUUUAAAAUAUCCUUGGCUAUGUUGUUUUACAGAUUUUUUAAAAAUAACUUAUACAAUCCUUUGUUUUUUUCUCUAUGGACUGUUUUUUAUAUGGGAGCGGGGAACCUUUUUGUCUCUUGCCUCCUUGUUUUCUCCUCUCUGACCUUGCAGAGCCACUCUUUGCACCAGAUGUCCCUAAACACUCUUUCCUCCACUGCAUGUUCUGAUCCCCGUUGUGUUGAUGGUUUUAAGGAGUCGUUCAACCUUUUCCCAGUGAAAUCCACAGUCUGAAUUGUCACCAGUUCCUCCCGGAGCUGGGAUAAACCCUUGCUUGGUUUCGGUUGCAAUGACACUCACCCUGCCUGGGCUUGCCUGCUAGAGCUUUACCUCAGCCAGGUGAAGAGGGGAGAGUCACCCUGUCACCUGUCCCCACCUGCCUGGACCAACCCCAGGGAAAGAUGGAGCUUUGGUGAACUGACCAUUAAGUUAAUAAACUAUUGAUCUCCCCUGA